AUGAGACCAGCAAGUGGCAUGAAAGUUGCAAUAAUUUUGGCCUUGUUUGCAUUGGCGAAUGCCCGCCUUGAAAAUUUUGGUCCCGAACUGAAGCACCGUAAAUAUACGGCUCCUUCUCUCGCAGAACAAAAGCCUAUAUAUAGCUCGUCAUCGUUCAGUGACCCGAAAGAAAUUGCACUAGAAUUCGUGAAGGAACACUUGACCAACUCUGAAUUCAAAGUGAAAAACUCGUAUAAGUCCGAACAUAAUGGUGUAACACACGUGUAUUUACGCCAAGUCAUUAAUGAUUUGGAGGUUAUGAAUGGUGAUAUCAAUGUGAAUGUUGAUGAGAAUGGUCGCGUCAUAUCCUAUGGUGACUCUUUCUAUAAGGGUAAUGAGCCAUCGAAAGAAAACGGCAUCAAUUCCGAGUCAACGAGUAGUGAUUCGGAAUCCGACGUUGAUAAAUUAUCGAAGUUCCGAGUUAAGAUCGAUGUUACUAAAAUUGUUUUCAAUCCAAAAUCAAGCAAGAGUAAACGUGACUCGUACUCUUCCUUAUUCAACAAUCCAGACAAAUCAGUAAUUUCCCCCGAAGAAGCGAUAUUCUCGCUCGCUAAACAUAUCAAUCAAGAUAUUCCACACCCGGAGAAAAUCGAUUACACUGAAUCCGUUUCGCUUGAUGGCGAUCCAGUUCUUUUUGUCAGUGGUGUCCCAUUCACAGUCUCUGAUGUGAAAGUUAGACAAGUUUACGUACAAACAGAUGAAGGCAAAUUACAACUUUGUUGGGAUCUUGAGGCAGAAAUGGAAAAUAAUUGGUACCACGGACAAGUGAAUGCACAUGAUGGAAAAGUUGUGCAAUUGAUUGAUUGGGUGGCUGACGCGGCUUAUAAUGUCUUUCCAAUUGGAACUAAUGAUCCAUCGGAGGGAUCGCGUGAACUAGUUAUUGAUCCCGCUGAUAAGAUUGCAUCUCCACUUGGAUGGCAUUCACAAAGUCGGACAAAGAAUUUUACGGUAACCAUUGGCAAUAACGUUUAUGCUCAUGAAAAUCUGGCAGGCAGUUGGGAAUGGGAGGAUAAUUAUCGACCGGACGGAGGCCGAUAUCUCGAAUUUGAUUUUCCGUUGAAUUUGGAAAAAGCACCGAAAACUUAUGUUGAUUCUUCGGUUACAAAUCUCUUUUUUUGGAACAACAUUGUUCAUGACUUAUUUUAUCGGUAUGGUUUUAACGAGGUUGCCGGCAAUUUCCAACAAAACAAUUUUGGAAAAGGAGGUAAAGACAAAGAUGCCGUCAUCGCAAAUGCACAAGAUGGUUCUGGAUACAAUAACGCAAAUUUCGCCACACCACCAGACGGUCAACACGGAAAGAUGCGAAUGUAUGUGUGGGACGUGGUGAAUCCAUGGAGAGAUGGUGAUCUUGAAGCUGGCAUUAUCAUUCACGAAUAUUCUCAUGGUAUCUCCACCCGGUUAACUGGUGGACCGGCCAAUAGUGGUUGUCUUGGGUGGGGUGAAGCCGGUGGCAUGGGAGAAGGAUGGGGUGAUUUCUUUGCCACAAUACUGAGAAUGAAACCACAUUAUGAUCGAGACACUACAGAGUUUGGAAUGGGUGAUUGGGCAAACGGUGGUGAAGGAAUCAGGCGAUUCAAGUAUUCAACAUCAAAAAAGACAAACCCGGAAACAUUCAGUUGGAUGGAUAAACCAGGCUAUUGGGGUGUUCAUCCUAAAGGUGCCGUAUGGGCUGAAAUGUUAUACGAAGUAUAUUGGAACCUAGUAGAUAAACAUGGUUUUACAUCCAGCUGGUUCCCACCAACUAACGAAGAAGAAAGUUCAUCAUGGUACACAAAACCAAAAAGACGUCCUAAACAAGACCCAAAAAUACCAAGACGGAUUCCAAAACACGGAAACACACUCACCUUACAACUUGUCGUCGAUGCAAUGAAACUGCAACCAUGUCGGCCACAAUUUACCGACGCACGUGACGCCAUAAUUCAAGCAGACGAAAUUUUAACCGGCGGAGAGAACAAGUGUGAAAUCUGGCAAGGAUUUGCGAAACGUGGGUUAGGCGUCGGCGCUAAAGUUGUUGGCGGAAGUCCAUGGGGUGGUGGUGUUCGUAAGGAAAGCUAUAAGGCUCCUAAGGAAUGUAAUGAGUAA